AUGGAGAUGUGGCGCAUCCUUUUAGCGGGUUGGCUACUUAUAAAACUCUCGCUACUCUUGCCGGAGACCAACAUACGGUCACCGAGCUGCGGCGGCGUUGAUAUCCCCUACCCCUUCGGCAUCGGCGCCGGCUGCUUCCGCAAGGGCUUUGAGAUCGAGUGCAUCAAUGGUGGCCCUGUGCUCGCCGGCACAUCCCUCCGGGUGCUCAAGCUGUCGCUGGAUCCAGAUGAGUCGCAGGUGAUGCUUCCCAUCGGGUGGGAGUGCUACAACGCCUCCGACCCAAUCGACACCUACAACAACUGGGACUAUGGAGAGACGACGAUGAACAAUGACGGCGUCUACCGCAUCUCCAACACCCACAACAUGCUCGUCGUCGUCGGCUGCAACACCUUGGGCUAUGCACUCAGCAAACCAACCAAGGGCAGCAACUACAAGUACGCCUACCAGACUGGGUGCAUGUCCUUCUGCAAUAACUCGGCGAGCGCGCAGGACGGCCUCUGCGACGGCGUCGGGUGCUGCCACAUCGACAUCCCGCCGGGGCUCACUGACAACUACUUCAACUUCCGGGAGUACGACCACUCUGCGAUGAUGGACUACAGCCCGUGCGACUACGCCUUCCUCGUUGACAGGAACAACUACACCUUCCAGCGGUCCGACCUCAAGAUGAACACACACCGGACCAUGCCGGUGUGGCUGGACUGGGCCAUUCGCGUAAAUGAUUCAAUCUCCGACGACAUACUAUCAUGCAAGCAAGCGGCCAAGACUGGUGAGGACGCCUGCGCCGGCACCCACAGUGACUGCGUCAACUCGACCAAUGGACCUGGCUACAACUGCAAGUGCUCCAAAGGCUACGAGGGCAACGCUUACGUCAUCGACGGAUGCACCAGUCCUCAAAGUAAGAAAAACAGCCUCAAGCCGUUGCAAACCAAAACUGUAAUUGCAGCAAGGUCCUUUGAGCUCAGCUGGAUAACCAUCAAGCUGGCCCGGACUGCCCCGCAGCAGGGCGAGGCGGACAUAAAUGAAUGCGCAAAUACAGCCAAGUAUAGUUGCUACGGUGUAUGCUCGGACAUAGAAGGAGGGUACGAAUGCGAAUGUCCUGCAGGUUAUCAGAGCCGUGACCCGAGAACCGAACGAUGCACUCAAAAGUUCCCACUUGCAGCACAAAUUUCCGUAGGUGCAAUAGGUGGCAUUCUUGUCUUGGCAUUUCUGGCAUUCUUUAUUGUUAUUCGCAAAGAGAAGCAGAAGGCCAAAGACUUCUACCGAAAGAAUGGUGGUCUUACAUUAGAGAAGGCUAGAACUAUUAAGAUCUACACAAGGGGGAAUCUCAAACCAGUUUUAAAGAGUAGCAAUGUAAUUGGUAAAGGUGGCUUUGGUGAAGUUUACAAGGGUGUAGUUGAUGGAGUUAUCGUCGCAGUAAAGAAACCAAAUGGUCGUAGUGUCCUAGAGAAGGAGCAAUUUCCAAAUGAAGUCACCAUCCUAUCUCAAGUCAGCCACAAGAACAUCGUAAGGCUUAUAGGUUGUUGCCUCGAAGUGGAUAACCCUAUGCUAGUCUAUGAAUUCAUCUCCAAAGGAAGCUUGGAAGACAAUCUUCAUAGAGCUGACAACAAGGACCUUCUUGACUUAGAUGUACGUCUAAGUAUUCUUGAAGACUCAGCACAUGGUCUAGCUUAUAUGCACUCACAAACCCACAACACAAUCCUGCAUGGUGAUGUUAAACCAGCAAACAUACUCCUGGAUGAGAACUUUUCCCCAAAGAUUGCGGAUUUUGGCAUAUCGAGGUUGAUUGCAAAAGGAAAGGAGCACACUAGAAACAUCAUAGGUGACAUGUCUUAUAUGGAUCCAGUGUACCUACAAACAGGUCGAUUGACCGACAAAAGUGAUGUCUACAGUUUUGGGGUUGUCAUCUUAGAGCUCAUUAGCAGGAGGAGGGCCACUCAUUCUGACAAUAAUAGCCUUGUGAGGAGCUUCCUAGAGUGUCACCAAAAUGGGGAGAGCAUGACUGAGCUCUUUGAUAAGGAAAUUGCAACCACAGAAGAUUUGGAGUUUCUUUACAAGUUGGUAGAUAUUGCUGUUGAUUGUCUUAACCUUGAUGCAGAUAAAAGACCAUCAAUGACAGAUGUUGCAGGGCGCCUUGUCGCGCUGCAUAGGUCCCGUAAUCCUUAA